GCCGCUUCGUCAGGAGGUGAGAGGUGAGAGUGGGGUGGAGCGUCCCUGGGAGAAGAUGGCGGCUCGGUGAAGACAGUCGGACCUCAAGGGUUUCUGCGGCGGGUAAUCUGAUCGAUGAAGAGCGGGGAGAUGGCGCUGGAAGAGCUGGGCAAGCUCGAGUACCUGUCACUGGUCUCCAAGGUCUGGUCUGCACCGAGCUGGACAACCACCUGGGCAUCAACGACAAGGAUCUGGCUGAAUUUAUCAUUGAUUUGGCUGAGAAGUACAUCACUUUCGAUACUUUCAAAGGAGCACUGCUAAAGAAUGGAGCCGAGUUUACGGAUUCACUCGUCAGCAAUUUGUUACGUCUUAUACAGACUAUGCGACCUCCAGCCAAACCAUCAACUUCCAGCAAAUUGGAAUUACCAAAACAAAAAUCAGAAAAAGAGAAGAUGAAAGAGUUAUACCCUGCCCUUUGCAUGCCGGAUAACCUAUCAAUAAGGCCUUUUAUGGAUGAAGCUGAUAUGAAAGUGGCUGCAGAUGCAUUGAAAGAACUUGAGGCUUUGAUGCCAACAAAGAAUGAUAUUAAAAAAAGCAAACACAGCUCUCAUGAAAAGGGAAGGAGAAGGAAAAGGAGUCGCAGUCGUAGUCGUAGCCGAGACAGAGACCGAGACCGGAAACGCCGACACAGGUCAAGGUCUAGAUCACACUCCCGAGACCGAAACAAAGGAAAAACCAGCAGGCGGUCCAGAAGCAGAAGUCGGAGCCCGAGCCGAGAUUAUAAGGAACAUGUCAGAGUCAACGAGAAGAGCUCUGAGAAAAGGAAAGAAAGACACGUCGACAGGCCUCCACCUGAGGAGCCAUCCGUGGGGGAAAUAUACAAUGGCAAAGUCACUAGCAUCAUGCAGUUUGGAUGUUUUGUACAGCUGGAGGGUCUGAGAAAACGCUGGGAAGGCUUGGUCCACAUAUCCGAGCUGCGCCGAGAGGGGCGUGUGGCGAAUGUUGCUGAUGUUGUUAGCAAAGGUCAAAGAGUAAAGAUUAAAGUGUUAUCGUUCACUGGGUCCAAAACAAGCUUGAGUAUGAAGGAUGUAGAUCAAGAGACUGGCGAGGAUCUAAAUCCAAACCGGCGGCGUAAUGUUGGUGGUGAAAGCAAUGAGGAAACUGCCAUGAGGAACCCUGAUCGACCCAGCAACUUGUCACUAGUCAACACUCCCGAGGUAGAGGAUGAUGUGCUGGAACGCAAGCGGCUCACUAAAAUCUCCGAUCCAGAGAAAUGGGAGAUCAAGCAGAUGAUUGCAGCAAAUGUUAUCUCAAAGGAAGAGUAUCCUGACUUUGAUGAAGAAACAGGAAUCCUGCCUAAAGUUGAUGAUGAAGAAGAUGAAGACCUAGAAAUAGAGCUGGUGGAGGAAGAGCCCCCGUUCCUCAGAGGGCACACCAAGCAGAGCAUGGACAUGAGCCCUGUCAAAAUAGUAAAGAACCCUGACGGCUCCUUGUCGCAAGCAGCCAUGAUGCAGAGUGCUCUGGCGAAGGAAAGGCGGGAAAUGAAGCAAGCACAACGAGAGGCAGAAAUGGACUCGAUCCCAAUGGGACUUAAUAAACAUUGGGUUGAUCCACUACCUGACGUUGAUGGCCGACAGAUUGCAGCAAACAUGAGGGGCAUAGGAAUGAUGCCACAAGACAUACCCGAGUGGAAGAAACAUGCUUUUGGAGGGAACAAAGCAUCUUAUGGGCGUAAAACCCAAAUGUCUAUUCUUGAGCAGAGAGAGAGCCUGCCAAUCUACAGACUUAAAGAGCAAUUGGUUCAGGCUGUGCAUGACAAUCAAGUGUUGAUUGUCAUUGGGGAGACGGGUUCCGGUAAAACGACUCAGAUCACCCAGUACUUGGCAGAGGCAGGUUAUACAACCCGGGGCAAGAUCGGGUGCACGCAACCCAGGCGUGUGGCCGCAAUGUCGGUUGCCAAGAGAGUAUCAGAAGAGUACGGUUGCUGCUUGGGUCAAGAGGUUGGUUAUACCAUUCGAUUUGAAGACUGUACCAGUCCAGAAACGGUGAUAAAGUAUAUGACUGACGGUAUGUUGCUGAGAGAGUGCCUCAUAGAUCCUGACCUCUCACCGUAUGCUAUCAUAAUGUUGGACGAGGCCCAUGAGAGAACCAUCCAUACUGAUGUUCUGUUUGGCCUUCUGAAGAAGACUGUUAAAAAACGUCCUGAUAUGAAGUUGAUUGUCACAUCAGCUACACUGGAUGCUGUUAAAUUCUCCCAGUAUUUCUACGAGGCACCUAUCUUCACAAUCCCUGGCAGAACAUAUCCAGUGGAAGUGCUUUAUACUAAGGAGCCUGAGACUGAUUAUCUAGAUGCUAGUCUCAUUACCGUGAUGCAGAUUCAUCUAACUGAACCACCAGGUGAUAUCCUGGUUUUUCUAACUGGUCAGGAAGAAAUCGACACUGCGUGUGAGAUUCUGUAUGAACGGAUGAAGUCGAUGGGUCCUGACGUGCCAGAGUUGAUUAUCCUGCCUGUGUAUUCUGCUUUGCCAAGUGAAAUGCAAACUAGGAUUUUUGAUCCAGCCCCUCCAGGCAGCAGGAAGGUUGUAAUCGCCACUAACAUUGCUGAAACAUCACUGACCAUUGAUGGCAUCUACUAUGUGGUGGAUCCUGGUUUUGUCAAGCAAAAAGUCUAUAAUUCCAAGACUGGCAUUGACCAGCUAGUGGUGACUCCAAUUUCACAGGCACAAGCUAAGCAGCGUGCUGGCCGUGCAGGAAGGACCGGACCUGGGAAAUGUUAUAGGUUGUACACCGAGCGUGCUUACAGGGAUGAAAUGUUGACCACGAAUGUUCCAGAAAUUCAAAGAACUAAUCUUGCAAGUACAGUACUUUCACUUAAGGCUAUGGGGAUCAAUGACCUGCUUUCAUUUGAUUUCAUGGAUGCCCCUCCUAUGGAGACCCUCAUCACAGCCAUGGAACAGCUGUAUACAUUAGGAGCACUUGAUGAUGAAGGUUUGCUUACAAGGCUUGGCCGUAGGAUGGCAGAAUUUCCACUGGAGCCCAUGCUGUGUAAAAUGCUGAUCAUGUCUGUACACCUCGGCUGCAGCGAAGAGAUGUUGACAAUUGUGUCCAUGCUGUCGGUACAGAAUGUUUUCUACCGACCAAAGGAUAAGCAAGCACUCGCAGACCAGAAGAAGGCCAAGUUCCAUCAGGCAGAAGGGGACCACCUCACCUUGCUUGCUGUUUAUAAUUCCUGGAAGAACAACAAAUUCUCCAACCCUUGGUGCUACGAGAAUUUUAUCCAAGCACGUUCCCUUCGCAGGGCACAGGACAUCCGCAAACAAAUGUUGGGCAUCAUGGACAGGCAUAAACUGGAUGUUGUUUCAUGCGGGAAGGCUACAGUGCGGGUUCAGAAAGCAAUCUGCAGUGGUUUCUUCCGCAAUGCAGCUAAGAAGGACCCACAAGAGGGAUACCGUACUCUGAUUGACCAGCAGGUGGUGUACAUUCACCCUUCCAGUGCUCUCUUCAACAGGCAGCCUGAAUGGGUUGUGUAUCAUGAACUGGUCUUAACUACCAAGGAAUACAUGCGAGAAGUGACUACAAUCGACCCGCGCUGGUUGGUAGAGUUCGCACCUGCCUUCUUCAAAGUGUCUGAUCCAACUAAACUCAGCAAACAAAAGAAACAACAGAGGCUGGAGCCCUUAUACAACCGCUAUGAAGAGCCCAAUGCCUGGAGAAUUUCCCGAGCAUUCAGACGACGUUAGACUGCGGACCACUGGGAACAUGGUGCGUUAUGCAGUCUCAGUAUACCUGGGUGGAAUGCAGGUUAAAAAGGACUUUGUAUGCACGCAAGAACUGAAUGUGUAUGAAGAUGCUAGUUUAUACCGAAGAUAGAAACAACAUUCUGGAGUAACUCAGCGGGUCAGGCAGCAUCUCUGGAGAAAAGGAAUUGGUGACGUUUGGCGUCAGAACCAUUCUUCAGACUGCUGAAGUGUGAAGAAGGGUUUCGACCCAAAACAACACCUAUUCUUUUUCUCCAGGUAUGCUGCCUGAUCCGCUGAGUUAUUCUGGCAUUUUGUGUCCAUCCAAGAAUUCAAAAUUUGGACAUUGAAUCUUUAAAAAGAUAUUUGUUUAUGUCAAAUUUGAUUUGUUUGAAAGUGUAUUAAAAAAAACAUGAGCAAGCAUCGUACAUAAGAAAAUACUCCAUGUCGCCGUUUAUUAUUAAUGUGUCAUGACUUAGCAAUCUGUCACAUGAAAACUUAGAAGUUGCAGCUUUGUGUGUUUGCAUAAUAUACAAUUGUAAAUGUCUCAAAGAAUAUACUUUUCUGCUGCAAUAGGUAGAUGGUAGGUAUUUUUUCAAAAUAAAAUUUGACAUCUUUAUCUUUUAUUAGUCAUUCGAGACCUACACAGUGGAAUAAAGGACAUGUUUAACUAUUUUCAAAUAUUUGAAGUCGCUCAAGUCUAAUUAAAUGUGGAGAUGUAAUAUAAACGGUUGAAUCUAGGCAAGAACAGAAGAAAUAGGAUUAGUGACUUAAAACAUUCUGUCUUGGCCGUUUCACACUGAACGGUCUGACGCAGCUCAAACUGCGUUCAACCCUUGGUUUUGUUUUAACCAAAACAUAAUAGAAAUUAUUUUAAUUCCUCGAGUACUUUAAUGACUCUUGAGAGCUGUAAAUAUAAUUGAAAUAGAUGAAACAUUUGUUUGUGAAACAUGUUGCUUAGCUGUUGCGGUUUUCGAAAACUAGUUUCUUCCAGAGGAUAUUUGCGUUGUUCUGCAAAGAGAAUGAUGCAGGUAUUUCUUUUGUUUCCAUUUAAUUUCAAAAGGAAAUGUCUAAUUCUACACUUACAAUGGAAAUGUAAGAUUUCUAUGUAGAGUGUUUAAUCCUGACUGGUAGUUUUGCAGAGCAGCUGUUGCAACAGCUGGAAUGAGAAACAAGGGAUUUUUUUUUUUUUACAUUGAAAGUCUUGUGCCAGCUUUAUUUGCAAAUCAGUUAUUUAUACUGAGAUUAAAUGUACAUUCUGUAAAAAUAGGUUUUUAUUAUGUUGUAAGUCAAGAUUGCAAAUAAAAGCUGCUUUUGCAU